CUCAAAUGCAUGUGCCAGCUAUGCGACAACCAAGUUUGUGAGACGUUUGCGGACGGCGCCUGCUGGAACUCGGUGAUGCUGGUGGACGGCCGGGAGGAGACGCUCAAAUCGUGCCUUUCUCCGUCCGAGAUGAGAGGUCAGCUUUUUUGCUACAGCUCCCCCAACGCCAAGAGGAACUGCUGUUUCACCGACUUUUGCAAUAACGAGACCCUGCGCUUACAGCCUGGUACGCCUUCGGAAAACGCAGAAAGCAGCGGCAACAUGUUGCAAUUGGCGGUGGUGAUUGCGGUGCCCUCGUGCCUGCUGUGCGCAGGCGUCGUGCUGGGCGGAGUCGCCGUGCAGCGGCAGCGCCGUGCCUACAGCCGUGCUCGCAAACACGACCCGGAGGACGCCCUUGACGACCGUGCACUAAUGUCAGCCAACAAUUGCCUCAAAGAUCUCAUCUACGACAUGAGCACCUCGGGCUCGGGAUCAGGGCUUCCUCUCCUGGUCCAGCGAACAAUCGCUCGCACUAUCGUUCUUCAGGAGUGCGUCGGGAAAGGUCGCUUUGGCGAAGUUUGGCGAGGAAAAUGGCGAGGAGAGGAUGUGGCCGUAAAGAUCUUCUCCUCCAGGGACGAGAGGUCCUGGUUUCGUGAAGCGGAGAUUUAUCAAACCAUCAUGCUCAGGCACGACAACAUCCUGGGUUUCAUCGCAGCAGACAACAAAGAUAACGGCUCAUGGACUCAGCUGUGGUUGGUGUCCGAGUACCACGAACACGGCUCUUUAUUCGAUUACCUGAACAGGUACACGCUGUCGGUGGAGAGCAUGGUGGUCAUCGCUCUAUCGGUAGCCAGCGGCCUGGCCCACCUGCACAUGGAGAUUAUCGGGACACAAGGGAAGCCAGCCAUCGCUCACCGAGACCUGAAGUCAAAAAAUGUCUUGGUGAAGAAGAACGGCACAGCAGCGAUUGCCGAUUUGGGCUUGGCCGUCAAACACGACUCCAGCACCAACAGCAUCGACAUUCCGACCAAUCACAGAGUGGGAACAAAGAGGUACAUGUCCCCCGAAAUCCUGGACGAGACCAUCAACAUGAGCAACUUUGAGUCCUUUAAGCGGGCGGAUAUUUACUCAUUGGGUCUGGUGUUCUGGGAACUAGCCCGACGAUGUUCAGUGAGGGGACUUCAGGAGGAUUUCCAGCUGCCUUAUUAUGACCUGGUGCCUUCUGAUCCGUCCGUGGAGGACAUGAGGAAGGUGGUGUGUGAGCUGAAACGGCGACCAAACAUUCCCAACCAGUGGCAGAGCUGUGAGGCUCUGCGCGUCAUGGGCAAGUUGAUGAGGGAGUGCUGGUACGCUAACCCCGCCGCCCGCCUCACCUCUCUGCGGGUCAAAAAGACUGUCGCCCAGCUGUCCACCAUCAAAGAUGCCAAAGAGUGA